UCUUUCCACACUCUCUCCAUUUUUGGCCCCUUUUUUUGUUUUCUAUCUCCCCAAAAAGAAUAAAAUAUUGCGCUCCUAUAUUUUCUCUCUCUAGAACUCUCAUUUGACUUCAACUUUCACCCUUCUCUCUCCUCAUAUUCCCAAUUAACUCCUCCAACAUCCCACCAAUUCAAUGUCGGAUUCCACUCUCUAAUCCAUCGUUUUCCGGCGAAAUACUCCGCCGAUGACGCCAGAGACGCCCACGAUGAUGGUGAUAGACUCACGAACCGCCUUCUCCGACUCCAACGACAUCAGUAAUGGCAGCAGUAUCUGUUGCGUCGCUACUACAACCACCACUGCCACCGGCGCUGAAAACUCUAUCUCCACAACCGCCGAUUCCGCCGCUCUCCUUCGCCUCUCCGAAAACCUCAACUCUCUAUUCCAGCCCUCUCCCUCCCCCUCCGACUCCGACAACUACGCCGACGCUAAAAUUGUCAUCGCCGGCGAUACUCGCGAAGCCGCCGUUCACCGCUGUAUUCUCUCGUCUCGAAGCCCGUUCUUUAGGUCAGUAUUCGCGUCGAGGAGAGAGAAAGAGAAGGAAAAAGGUAAGGACAGGGAGAGAAUGGUGAAGCUCGAGCUUAAGGAUAUUGCAGGCGACUUCGAGGUUGGAUUUGAUUCGUUAGAAGCGGUUUUAGGUUACUUGUAUAGUGGAAAAAGUAGGCAAUUACCUAAAGGUGUUUGCGUUUGUGUUGAUGAUGAUUGUUCUCAUGUUGCUUGCCGUCCUGCUGUUGAUUUUGCUGUUGAAGUUCUCUACUUAUCUCAGAAAUUUGAGAUCGUUGAAUUGGUUGCUCUUUAUCAGAGGCACCUAUUGGAGAUUCUUGACAAGGUCGCACCAGAUGACGUUCUAGUAGUGUUAUCUGUUGCUGAAUUGUGUGGAAAUGCAUGUGAAAGAUUGCUGGGAAGGUGUGUUGACAAAAUUGUGAGGUCCGAUGUUGAUGUUACCACUCUUGAUAAAUCUUUGUCACAGCCUAUUGUAAAACAAAUAAUUGACACACGCAAGGAGCUUGGUUUAACUGAGCCUGGAUAUGUUGAGUUUCCUGAUAAGCAUGUGAAGAGAAUACACAGAGCUUUGGAAUCUGACGAUGUCGAGUUAGUUAGAAUGCUUUUAAAAGAGCGCCAUACUACUCUAGAUGAUGCGUAUGCCCUUCACUAUGCUGUGGAACAUUGUGAUGCCAAAACCACCACGGAGCUUCUUGAGCUUGGUAUUGCAGAUGUGAAUCUUAGGAAUCAAAGGGGUUAUACUGUGCUUCACAUUGCAGCCAUGAGGAAAGAGCCGAAGAUAAUUGUGUCCCUAUUAACCAAGGGAGCCCAACCAUCUGAUACUACAUCAGAUGGAAGAAAGGCAUUGCAGAUAGCAAAGAGACUUACAAAAUCCCUGGACUUCUUUAAACUUACAGAACAAGGAAAGGCAUCGCCAAAGGAUCGGUUGUGCAUUGAGAUAUUGGAACAAGCUGAAAGAAGAGAACCAUUGCUAUGGGAAGGUUCUGUUUCUCUUGCAAAGGCAGGGGAGGAUCUGCGUAUGAAACUUUUAUACCUUGAAAAUAGAGUUGCACUUGCACGACUGCUUUUUCCAAUGGAAGCGAAAGUUGCUAUGGAUAUUGCACAAGUGGAUGGUACUUCUGAAUUCACAUUGUCAAAGAACAUAGCUGAUGCACGGAGAAAUGCUGUGGACUUGAAUGAGGCCCCCUUCAUAUUGAAAGAGGAGCAUUUGCAAAGGAUGAAAGCAUUAUCUAGAACUGUUGAGCUUGGGAAGCGUUUCUUUCCCCGGUGCUCUGACGUUCUUAAUAAGAUUAUGGACGCAGAAGAUCUAUCACAGCUUGCAUUCCUAGGAAAAGAUACUCCGGAAGAACGGCAAAGGAAGAGAAAACGAUACCUUGAACUACAAGACGCUUUAACUAAGGCCUUUUCAGAGGACAAAGAAGAGUUUGAUCGUUCCACAUUAUCGUCAUCAUCGUCGUCCACACCAAUGGGGAGGCCUUAUGGUAAGACAAAUUUCAAAAGGUAACUAAACUCCCUCGAAAGCUCUAAUAAGUCUCACACGACCGCACUUGUAUGUAUGAUAUAUAUUUGUAUGAAUAUGUAUGAUAAUUAUUCUUUCUUUUUUGUAUCUUGGCCACUGUUCGCUCUCUUUUUGGUCUGUAAAAUAAUUUUUGACCGAUUUAUUAGCUAUUACAUGAUAGAAUUGUAUUUUUA